AUGUCGAAGAAGAACAAUUUAACGAAGAGGAAGAAGCAACACGAGUUCAAUCUCCAAAAGGAGAAAGAAAUUCAGGAUAAGAAGAUCAAGAAGCUUCAUACGAACAAGAACAAGAUGAAAGUCGAUGGUGGGAAGAAGAAGAAAGGUGGUGGGUUUUUUGUUGGGAAGAAGAGAUUGAAGACAAAACUGACUCCAGCUGCUAAAGCUAAAGCUGCUCAAGCAAUGGAGCUAGACAAUUGA